AUGUUCAAGUUCAUCGCUGUUGUGGUCCUCGCCCUGAUUGCCUGCGCUGCCGCCAAGCCUGGCCUUGCUUACUCCGCACCAUUGGUGGCUGCCGCACCAGCCGCUGCCGUCUACAGCUCCGAAUACCAUGGCAAAUUCGCGGCUCCCUACGUGGCAUCUCCCUACGUGGCAUCCCCAUAUGUGGCAUCUCCCUAUGUGGCGUCUCCAUAUGUGGCAUCCCCAUACGUUGCCUCUCCGUAUGUGGCUUCGCCCUAUGCCGCCGCCUACAGCGCAGCCCCUCUGCUGUUGAAGAAGUAA